GCACACAACCGCCAUGAGGCUCAUCCUGCAAGUGGUUCUGAUCACAGCUACCCUGGCAAGAGCUCCUGUUCGCUUCGACAGGCACAAGGUAUUUCGCGUGAAGCCCCAGGAUGAGACCCAAGCAGAAGUCAUAACGCAUUUGGCCAAGACCAAUGAGCUUGAUUUCUGGUACCCAGACACCAUCCACCACGUGGCUGCGAACAUGACAGUGGACUUCCGAGUCAGCGAGAAGGAGUCGCCCUCCAUCCAGGCUGCCUUGGACCAGAGUAAGAUGCACUAUGAAGUCCUGAUCCAUGAUCUACAAGAAGAGAUUGAGAAACAGUUUGAUGUUAAAGAAGAUAGCCCAGGAAGGCACAGUUAUGCAAAAUAUAAUAACUGGGACAAGAUUGUAGCUUGGACUGAAAAAAUGGUGAAAAAACGACCUGAAAUGGUCUCUCGGAUUAAAAUCGGAUCUACUAUUGAAGAUAAUCCACUCUACGUUCUGAAGAUUGGGAAAGAACAUAAAGGAAGAAAAGCCAUUUUUAUGGACUGUGGCAUUCACGCUCGAGAAUGGGUUUCCCCUGCAUUCUGCCAGUGGUUUGUCUAUCAGGCAACAAAAAGUUAUGGCAAAAACAAAAUUAUGACCAAACUCUUGGACCAAAUGAACUUCUAUGUCCUACCAGUGUUCAACGUAGAUGGAUAUAUUUGGUCAUGGACACAGAACCGCAUGUGGAGGAAAAAUCGCUCCAAGCACCACAACUCCACCUGCAUUGGCACCGACCUCAACCGGAACUUCGAUGCCUCCUGGGGUGCUUCCCAGAGCAGUCACAACCCGUGUAAGGAAACCUACCCCGGCACUGCACCAGAGUCGGAGAAAGAGACGGCGGCAGUGGCAGACUUCAUCCGGAGCCACCUGGAGUCCAUCAAGGCCUACCUCACCUUCCACUCCUACUCCCAGAUGCUCCUGUUCCCCUACGGCUACACGUCCAAACUGCCGCCCAACUACCAGGAGCUGGACAAAGUCGCAAAGAUUGGUGCCGAGGCUCUGUCCUCUCGCUAUGAAGCCCACUACAUUUACGGCCCCAUUGCAUCCACCAUUUACCCAACAUCAGGUUCCUCUCUAGACUGGGCUUAUGAGCUGGGCAUCAAAUACACAUUUGCCUUUGAGCUUCGUGAUAGAGGAAAGUUUGGUUUUCUUCUUCCGGAAUCCCGGAUAAAACCAACCUGCAAAGAGACCAUGCUUGCUGUCAAAUUUAUUGCCAAGUACAUCCUCAGAAAUGCAUCCUAAGGAAUUCCUCUCAGCAGGGACCACGCCGCUUACCCUUGGCUAGGGCUCUCACCUGAAAGUUGACAUUAGGCUGUUCUUAGGUGGAGCCUCAUCUCACCUGAUGUCAGUCCUAGGUCCUUUCUUGCUUACCAAGAGCUGCGCUGUUUCUCUUUGCUCUUAUAUAUGCCCAGUGGCACCUGAACAAAGCCCCUUCAACCAAACCGUUUCUACCUGCCUUUGCUCUAGGUGGAGUUGGUGCCCAGCAGAAAGCACUGCUUUGAGCAUCCUGAGGCAGUGCGCAGGAAAGUCAUGUAAACCUCAUUUUCUGCAGAAGUGGGUGGUUUUUGUCUGUUUACCAUGCAGCUUCAUCUUUUCAUGCGCUAGCAUAAUAAAAA